AUAUCAAUCUCAUUUCUGCCUAAUGUUAUCUCAGGCCCAUCCCAAACGCAGAGAGCCUAACAUUUCAGCAUUUUCCCCUGCAAAUUUUCACUCUGUUCUGCCCUCUAAUGGCGCCCGAAGCUCUCCAACAAGUAGAAGAAACCAUUUUUCGGUCGAAGCUUCCCGACAUAUACAUUCCAAAACACCUCCCUUUACAUUCUUAUUGCUUUGAGAACUUACCCCAGGUGUCCUCCCGGCCAUGUCUGAUUAAUGGUGGAACAGGGGAAGUGUAUACUUAUGCGGAUGUCGAGCUCACCGCCCGCCGGAUUGCCUCCGGUAUAAACAAGGUCCGCGUUAACCAAGGGGAAGUGAUCAUGCUCUUGUUGCACAACUGCCCUGAAUUCGUAUUGGCCUUCCUCGGAGCCUCUUUCCGGGGCGCCAUUGCCACAGGAGCGAACCCGUUCUUCACUCCGGCGGAGAUUUCAAAGCAGGCAAAAGCGUCGAAAGCAAAAAUUAUAAUCACGCAGGGGUGUUACGUUGACAAAGUCAAGGACUUUGCGGAGGAAAAUAACGUUAAGCUGGUUUGUAUUGACUCUGCUCCCGACGGCUGUUUGCAUUUCUCCGAACUGAGUAAUUCCGAUGAGAACGAUUUGCCUGAUGUGGAAAUCAAUGUCGACGAUGUUGUGGCUCUUCCAUACUCGUCGGGAACCACGGGCUUGCCCAAAGGGGUGAUGCUGACGCACAAGGGUCUGGUCACUAGUGUGGCGCAGCAGGUCGACGGCGAGAAUCCCAAUUUGUAUUUCCACAACAAGGAUGUGAUCCUCUGUGUUCUGCCGCUGUUCCACAUCUACGCGCUCAAUUCGAUUAUGCUCUGCGGGUUUCGGGUCGGGGCGGCUAUUCUGAUUAUGCAGAAGUUCGAGAUCGGGAAAUUGUUAGGGCUGAUACAGAAACAUAAAGUGACGAUCGCACCGAUGGUACCGCCGAUUGUCCUGGCGAUCGCCAAGUCAACGGAUACCGACAAAUACGACUUGUCGUCGGUGCGAAUGAUGAAAUCCGGCGCUGCCCCGUUGGGGAAGGAACUUGAAGACGCUGUUCGAGCCAAGUUUCCCGGUGCCAAACUUGGACAGGGAUAUGGAAUGACGGAAGCUGGACCUGUCCUAGCAAUGUGCUUGGGAUUUGCCAAGGAACCAUUUGAAGUAAAAUCCGGAGCAUGUGGGACGGUGGUUAGGAAUGCCGAGAUGAAGAUCGUUGACCCCGACACCGGUGCCUCCCUCCCCCGGAACCAACCCGGGGAAAUUUGCAUAAGAGGAGAUCAGAUCAUGAAAGGAUAUCUUAAUGACCCCGAGGCCACGGCCGGGACCAUAGACAAGGAAGGAUGGUUGCACACUGGUGACAUUGGUUACAUAGAUGACGAUGAUGAACUCUUCAUCGUUGAUCGAUUGAAGGAGAUUAUCAAAUAUAAAGGUUUCCAGGUCGCUCCUGCAGAACUUGAGGCAAUGCUAAUUGCCCAUCCCAACAUCCAUGAUGCAGCCGUGAUCGGGUUGAAAGAUGAAGCUGCCGGAGAAGUUCCCGUUGCUUUUGUAGUGAGAUCUAACGGUUCUCAGAUAACCGAGGAUGAAAUCAAACAAUAUAUUUCAAAACAGGUGGUGUUCUACAAGAGAAUAGGUCGUGUGUUCUUCUUGGACGUCAUUCCAAAGGCACCCUCAGGAAAAAUUUUGAGAAAGGAUUUGAGAGCUAAAUUGGCCACAGGAGUUCCAAACUAAUCAUUACAUCCGCCGCCACCGCUCCCUAAAUCUGGAAUAAUCGGCGUUUCAAAGGUCCCCUAUAUUAAGAAUUUGGGACGGUCAACACCUGCUCUAUUGUUCUGUUCUUUUAAAAGCCCUUUGUUUUUUUGGCCGUUGUUCUUUUAAAUGCUUGAAUCUGAAAAAAGGAUGUAAAUUACGUACCAAGAAUUUUAAUUUGUUGAAGGACAAAUUAUUAAUUUGAUAAUUCUGGAGGUAUUGAUUUAUAAAUUUUUUAUUUUAUG